AAUUCAUGGGAAAUGUCAAAUACAUCCGAUAAUGUAAACAAUUUUUUUUUUUGAAGUUGCAAGAAGUCUAAAAAUCUUUGAAAAUUGAAAAGGUAACCACAGUCCUAAGGAUUUUUAUAAUGAAGGCUAUCUUGAUAUUCUUUACAACAAUUUUAACUUUUGGGGAUUGUUAUGAUAAAGAAAUCACAAUCACCGUUGAGGCUGGGAAAGAAGAUUGUUUUUACCAUCCUGCAAAGGUAGGCGAUAUUAUUGACAUAGAAUAUCAAGUAAUUGAUGGUGAUCAAGGCGAUCUAGAUAUAAGCUUCGAAUUAACUGAACCUAUAGGACGAAUUAUAUUUGCCGAUUUCAAAAAAUCUGAAAAUGUUCAUCGCCAUUCCGUUCAAGUUGAAGGCGACUAUCGUUUUUGUUUUGAUAAUCGUUUUAGUUCAUUCAAUAGCAAAACUAUAUUUUUUGAAAUAAUAGUAGAAAACGAGAAUGGCCAAAAUAGUGAAUUUAAUCAAGAUAUUUUAGAAGGUCUCACUCCUGAAGAAUUUUACGAGCUGAAAGUUCAAGAUAUUAUGAACUACAUCGGAAGAAUUAGGCAACAGAUCACAAAAGCUAGACAAAUUCAGGAUAUAAUACGUUCUCACGAAGCUAGAGAUCGAAAUAUUGCCGAAGCGAAUUUUUAUAAGGUGAAUGCUUGGUCAACAUUUCAAAUUUGUGCUAUGAUUGCAGUUGGAUUACUGCAAGUGUUUAUGGUUAAAAGUAUUUUUGACACCAGUGGAUCUAAAAUUACAACAUUUUGGAAAAAAAUCAAUUUCUGAUGGCUAAAUAAGGCCGAAUUAGAAAAAAAUGCCAAAGAUUACCAUAAAAAGAUCACACAUAUAUAUUUUUGUUUCCCAGACUGCAACCAAUUCGAAUAUUUUUCACCAUAAAUGUUAUACCAAUCCAAACCAAAAUAUUUUUAAUCUUCAAAUUUCAACUUGAAAUCAGAAGAAAGCCAUUUACUAAGUUAUUGGAUUACUAUAUGAUAUUAUAACGCAGAGAUUUUUUACUCUAUAAAAAGUUGCCAUAUUUUUUAUUUUAUUAGGCGAGAUUAUUCAGUGAUCAAGCGAUGUAUGUGAUUAUAUUUUAUAUGUUUAUGUUAUUAUAAUAUGAUCAAAAAUAAAUUUUGGAAUUGAAAAAUUAAAUACGUAUGUA